GUCAGCGUGGACCAGGUGCGCGUGGGGCAGACCAGCACCAAGCAGAAGACCAACAAACCCACCUACAACGAGGAGUUCUCGGCCACGGUCACCGAUGGCCAUCAGCUCGAGCUCUCCGUCUUCCACGACACCCCCAUCGGCUACGAUGACUUCGUGGCCAACUGCACCUUGCACUUCCAGGACCUCCUGCGCUCGGCCGGCCCCAGCGACAGCUUCGAGGGCUGGGUGGAUUUGGAGCCAGAAGGCAAAGUGUUUGUUGUCAUAACUCUUACAGGAAGCUUCACGGAAGGGACCCUCCAGAGGGAUCGAAUUUUCAAGAACCUCACCCGGAAACGCCAGCGAGCAAUGCGAAGGCGAGUGCACCAGGUCAACGGGCACAAGUUCAUGGCUACCUAUCUGCGACAGCCAACCUACUGCUCACACUGCAGGGAGUUCAUCUGGGGUGUGUUUGGGAAGCAGGGAUACCAGUGCCAAGUAUGCACCUGUGUUGUACACAAGCGCUGCCAUCACCUAAUUGUUACAGCUUGCACGUGCCAAAACAAUACUAACAAGAACGAUCUCAAGGUGACUGAACAGAGGUUUGGAAUCAACAUCCCUCAUAAGUUCAGCGUCCACAACUACAAAGUCCCAACGUUCUGUGACCACUGUGGGUCCUUGCUCUGGGGAAUCAUGCGACAGGGUCUACAGUGUAAAAUCUGUAAAAUGAAUGUCCACAUCCGAUGCCAAGCAAAUGUUGCUCCGAACUGUGGGGUGAAUUCAGCAGAGCUUGCUAAAACAUUGGCAUGCAUGGGUCUGCAACCAGGGAGCAUCUCCCCAAACUCGAAACUGGUUUCGAGAUCUAUGUUGAGACACCAGGGAAAAGGCAGCCUGAAGGACAGCAACAAUGUUAGUGAAAGUUCAGCAAGCAAACUGGGGAUCAAAGACUUAACCUUCCUUCGUGUGUUGGGAAAGGGAAGUUUUGGAAAGGUGAUGCUUGCCAAGAUGAAAGAGAGUGGGCAGCUCUAUGCAGUGAAGGUGUUGAAGAAGGACGUCAUUCUCCAAGAUGAUGAUGUUGAAUGCACCAUGACUGAGAAACGCAUCCUUUCCUUAGCAAGGAACCACCCAUUCCUCACCAAGCUCUACUGUUGCUUCCAGACUCCUAGAAGACAAAUGACAGCAUUGCUGUCACUUGUGCCAUGGAGGACUGCACAUGGGCUGUCUGCCCAGCUGCAGCCUCAGCUGGUGUGUGCAUACGGGUGGGAGCUUGUUGCUGUGUGGGUGGUGGAGGGAGGAGUGGCUGAGAUGGAGGCAGUGGCCACAACCAUGUACCAGCAAG